AUGGCAUCCGCACAAUCCCACCCCUCUUUCCCCACGAGACCCUACGCCAGCACACUGCAUGGCAAACUGCCCGAGCGCAACACCGCCAGCACCUUUGGCGCGUCUUCGACUCGAGAAGCAGCGCGCCUGGAGCGCGAGAGGCAAGAGCGCGAGCGCGCGCAGCGAGAGCGAGAAGCGCAAUCCCAAGUCGCAGCCGGCUCUUCGAAUCCCUUGAACUCAUUAACCGACGAGCAACGAGACGAAGUCAACGAAGCGAGGAUAGACUACCACGAAUUCAAAGUCGCGCUCAAGGCCCUCGGUUUCGACCUCCCAAAGGGCGAACUUCUGAACCUCCUUACGACACACGGCAUACCUCCCGAUUCCCAGCAGCAACAGGGUCCACAAGUACAAUCUUCGCGGCACGCGCUCUCAGCUCCCGUCUCUCCAGGCCGCUUAUUACUCACGCUGCCGGCUUUCCAGACAAUAGCUGCGACGUUAAUCAGUCAACGGGAUCCUAGAGAUGAGAUUUUGAGGGCAUUCGCCCUCUUUGAUACGGAUAACAAGGGCAUGAUCAGCUUGGAGGAUUUGAGGAGGGUGGCGAGAGAACUUGGGGAGGGCCUAGAGGAAGACGAGCUAGUGGCUAUGAUUGAGGAGUUCGAUCUAGAGGGCAAAGGGGGAGUGGGUAGGGAUGAGUUUGUUGGGAUUUGCAUGGGAUGA